UAUUAAUAAUUCUGUUAUUAAUUAAUAAACUAUGAGAGUUUAAUAGUUUCAUAGUUUAGGGUUUGUUCGGUUUGUUUUUGGCUACUUUUUUCUGAUGUGUGGAGACAAACGUAAUUUUCACCUAAACGUAUUCCUUCUUUUAUUCCCUGUUUCUGGUUCUUCUCAGGUUCUGAUAUGCCUAAAUGAACUGAUUAGUAUCCAAGCUCAAAUAAUGAUGGAUUUUACAUCUUCAGAAGUGAUGUGCGAGGUUGCCAAUUUAACAAAGGAAUUUACUUUUAGUCAUUCUUGUUCGUUUUAGUUAACCUCACUUGUAACAGGAAUUCAUUCAUAAUAGACCACGUAUGGAAACAUCCCAAUAUAUGUAUGUAUUUAGUUAACAAGAAUGUGCUCAGACAAAGACUCUUACUGUGAAGUUCUGGUUGCAUUGGUAAGGUUGCUAUCCAAUUUGAGCGCGAUUGCGACCAUCGAUAUCAAGGUUUUGAAGCAAAGAUCGUUUAAGGGAGGGUCUAAGUUAGGGCACUACAUUUCAUACAGCCUCAUUUAUGAAAGCUAAUGCAUUGAAGUGAAAGUGAGCGCCCCCCAUCUUUCGGACUGUGUGCACUUCCGCCCGAUCCUCUGGACACGGAACCACAGCUCGCUUUUCCCUCCACACGGUGAGUGUGUAAGCAGUCCGGUGCUUAACUUGACUUCGUUUUAAUAACAGACACAUGCAAUUCUGAAUACAUUAACAGUUUUUUUUCAUUAAUAUAAACUUAAAUAAAAUGCAAUAUUAAGUAGGAGCUCAGUUUAACAUCCCAAGAGUAUAAGACAAAUGUGCACAGUCUGGUCAUGCUGCUAGCUAAACUAGUAAACUAGCUUAGAUUAGCUAGCAUGCCUUUAAUAAACUUGAGAUUUUAAUCACUCUUCCUUUUGUAAGUAUCGCAAUUUCUAUAAAGUUAUGUUGCCCUGUGCACCAUGUAGUAGUUUACUUUUGACAUGCUAAGAAUGCGUGUCGGUGUUUAACAGGUGAAAAUGUUCUUUGCUAGCUAGCAUUAGAGCUGGCCUAAUUAGAGCAUGUGCCUAAUAUGUAUACCUAAAUAAUCCACAGGUCUACACUAGCAUUACUCAAACUGUAUGUCCAUUAAUGAAUGAUAUAGAAAUGACAUUACAGCUAGAGCUGGUUGAUAUGUGAAUUGUGAAAACAUGAGUAAGAAGUUUUCAUGAUACGUGGUAGUAUUUAAUAAAUGAGUUAAAAUGUUUUCAGAGUAUAAACGCACAAUGAUAUUUUUUUUAAACAUUUCACACACUGUGCUCUACCAAAUCUAGUUGGAGAGGCCUAAUUACUUUUAUUACUGACAGUAUCUGCAAUAUGCUCCGAAAAAUUAUAGGGUAACAUUAAAUGUUUUGACAUCUUUUUUUUUUCUUUUCACAGACCUUUCAGAUCCCUCCUCACAUCCAUCUAUCUCUCUAUCCUUUAUAGCGACCCAACGGCACUUUUAAGAGCCACUCGUCUGUCUGUCUAUCCAUACAUCCAUUCAUCCAUCCAUAUAUCUGUCUGUCUGUCUUGGUGUUUAUCUGUCUACCUGUUUAUCUGUCUGCAUUGUCUGUGUGUGUGCAUCUGUUGUCUGUCUGUGUAUCUGUAGGUGUCAUAUUUUUGCCUUCAUUUACACCAUGGACUCUGAAGGAGACUCUGGUAAUAAAUUCCACAAGCUUCUUCAGGAAGCACAGAGACUUGCAGCAGAGCUCAAUCCAAAAUUGGCAAAGAAAAGAAGGUCGGCAAAACCCGUAUCUGGUGUUGUUAGUUGGAGACAGAGGGAUAAUUCAGGACAAAUUAUUCCAAAAUUUCCCCCAAAGACUUAUAACUCGACUACACGUAAAAGGAGCAGUUCUGAAGUGGCUGAACCAGUAUUUCAGCAGCCUGAGCCAACACCUUAUGAUAGUGCUCAAGAACUUAAUGCACUGCAAGACAUUCUCAGGGACAUUCCUCCACAAGAGAAGGGCACUGUGCCACUAAGCUGGGCUGAACGGCAAGCUCAAAGCUCAGAGAAGUGGAAUGCUUCUAGAUCAGCCAUGGUUAAAAACAUAUUUCUCGCAGAGCACACAGACACCUAUAUCUGUGACAUCUGCCUGCAAAACACAUCUGUUGUGAGGUGCAGAGAUUGUUUGCCAAGACAGUUCCUGUGCAGUUCCUGCGAUACACAGAUACAUCAGCACAUCCUCCAUAACCGAGAAGCCAUGUUUGAGGGAUUCUAUCAACCCUUAGCCCCAAACAUGAUCAUUCAACUUCAAAAUGAUGGGUCACACCAGAUAAAGCAUGAAGUUCGACUGUUGCCGGUUCGUCUACCUCAACAGUGUACCUGUUCUCCCAGUCAGCUAAAGCUGACCUGUGGCAACGAGGUCAUCCUUGUUGGAAUUAAUGGACGGUACCAACUAAAUUUGCCAACAUUGAGCUGUUCUCAGUGCAUGAAAAGCUGGACCACUGGACUUGAUGAACUAGUACAAUGUGGAUAUUGGCCUGCUACCAUCAACCACCAGACCAUCUUCCAUGUAGACCUGUUCCAGUCUUUCCAGGAUCUGAAGCAGCUGGCUCCUGGGCUUUCUCGUCAAGCAUUUAUUGGAAUGCUUGAUGAAAGAACAAAGUAUUUUGGCAGAACCGGAAAAAUAUGUGGUGACACAUUCCAGCGGUCAAUUCUGGAGUGGUGCUACGCGCAGCAUGAGGUGGACAAACUGUUGGAAGUUGAGCCCUUCCGGUGUACAGCAUGUUCACCACAAAUGCAUGCUGUAUCAGUGGAUGGAAAUAGAAAAUUAUACCGAUUUAAGAAUGCAUCAGGAAGUGCCACAAAGGGACUUUUUGAUGGCACCUUCCUGGCCAGAGAUGAGGAGGUGUCAAGUUUUGUUGCUCAAAUCCAGCAGGCAACCAAACAUGUAAAUACUCCUGGGAAAGGAAUGUGCGGAUCAUCACAAUGGACAGCUGCAAAAGAGCAUUCUGGGAAAUCUGCCUCAAAAAUUGAUGAGGAGGGGCUGGAAAUCGCUGUGUGCCGGCAUGGGGUGCUUUUGAGAGCACUGAAUAUGUUCAGAGGGGAGAUUUAUGCUUACCCUCUGUAUCUGCAGAAGGAACUGUCCCCCUCAAAUGUUUCCUUUUUCUGUUCAGAUGUGGCAUGCAAGUAUUAUCCGUAUUUGGAAAAGGUCUCCAAUAAGUGCUCUGAACUGCAGGGACUAUUGGAGAUGCAUCCACUUCUUUCAGUGAUGCAUGCCAAAGCACACUCCUGGACAUGUGAGUUGAAAUGGGGUGGAUGCAAUCAAGAAGGCGCUGGCAAUACCAUUGGUGAGGAAGUGGAGCAGGUAAAUAGCUUCCUGUCCAGGGCUGCUAUCUCCACAAAAUACAUGUCUAAAGGUGGAAGAACAGACAUGCUCACAGUUCUGGCAAUGGGGUGGAACAAAAAGAAAAUGAGUAACAUGGACAAAAUAUUGGCCCAAAGUUAUGCUAAGGCCGUCCAGAGAGUGGCAGAUGAUAAGCUUAAGCUGGAGGAGCUCAAAGCUGAGUUAAGGAUUGAUGAUGCUGUUAUCCAACAGUGGGUCACUGAGGUGCAACACUGGCCUGAAGCAAAUUCUAGUUUGGAGGGUGAAGCCUCAAGGGAGGUCAUUCUGAAGAAGAAAAUUGAAGGACUGUACCUUAGUGUCAUGCAGAGGAAACAUCGCCUUUACCGUCAGACAGACAGCAACAAGAGACGACAUAAGUUGCGCCAGAAAAUUGCAGAGGAAAAGGCAGCUUUAUCUUCUGCUAUUGAAGAGCUACGUGAACAGACGGACAUCAUUCUGCCUGCUGUUGAUGAGCUUCUCUUGACUGAAAAUUUUGUGUGGUCCUGGACUUAUCUUGGACCCACUGAUCUCAGAACAAAGAAGGCCAUCUUUGACCAGGUGAUGGUGAUCAGGAGAAUGCAAGAGGAGGAGCAAAUUGUAGUUCAGGAGAUGAGGAGGCACUUGAACUCCCUCAUAGGUGUUGCUGGGAGUCUAAAAACCUUACUGCUGGACCAAAGCAAUGGCGCACACUGUGGAUAUCACAGCAUGUUGAGGAGGAGAUUGAGUGUUGUGAAUGCCCAAGUACAUCACACAAAAGCAUCAUUCAGCUUGGCUCUUCAUGGAGAAAUGACAUCCCAAGAUAUGCUGUCUGAGGACAGGGAGGAACAAGUGUCAGAUGUGGAGGACACAUCUGAUGAUGACAAUGACAUUGAUUCUUCAUAAGUACAUUGAGAUUAUUAAAUACCCAUGUCUAGUUCUUUGGGCUUCAAAACAGCUUAUGGUGCAUGAUGUGGUGCAUUAUCACCACAUCAUUUACAGGUAGUUCUCGACUUACGUCCAUUCGACUUUACGACCGUUUUAUGAAAGGUGAGCUACGAAUUUAAGAAUUAAGAAUUUAACUUAUAAUUCGUGCUUAGUUCUUUUUCUCAAAUGAAAAGCGAAUCAACAGCCGAAUUACAACCGAGACUUGCCUAAAUAGUAGCGGCCGUUGGCGUAGUGCACUACUUAGGCUUGCUUUCUAGUGUUGUAGUACGCGGUUUGAGAUUCAGCUAAAGAGCGCACAAUGGAAGAGAAGAGUAUUUUGAUUGACACUGGAAAAAAACAAUCACGAUCGGCACUCGGAAUAACAAGGGGUUGACCAUCAUCCCGGAAGAUAUGUUAUGUUCUGAAUUGCAAUUAGUGUUUUACUUUAAAUUAACUGUAAAAAAAAAAGAAAGUGUAUUAAUAGACGCUUCAAAUGACAUAAAAUGAACAAAGAAAAGUAUGACAUAUAACAAUAAUAAGGAAAAUGAUGAUAAAAUAUGAUUUAAAGAUUUUCAUAACAUCAUUACACAGUACUGUACAUAUAGCCUACUCGAGUUACGUCCAAUCAGCUUUACAACGGGUUUGUUGGAACCAGUCGUCGUCGUAAGUCGAGAACUACCUGUAAUUGCUUUGGCCAAUUCUGUGUUGGGUGGAGAAGACAUCUCUGGGAGUGAAAAACACUUUUUAUUAUUAAAUUUUAUAAUCUGUUCUUUUGAUCACAAAAAUUACAAAGGACACCUACUCAUUCACGUCUUAUUCGAGCUGUGCUGAAUUACUAUAUAUGUAUCACAGGCCUGAGAAUAGCCUGAAUUAAUUUCAUUGUUAUAUCUGUGUGUAUGUGUGUAAUUAUAUAAUUGAGGAGGCAGUUUUUGCACAGGAGACAAGACCCCUGAAGCUUGUAUAUAGUCUUCAUUGUGCAUAUACAGUUAAAUUUGCAUACUAUCAUGAAACGCGCUGUACACUUUCCAGUGCACAUAAUGGAUACUGCUGAAUUGGUAUUAUUCUGUGCAUUUAUCCUUAGUCUAAUGUUAAUAUGGACAAUUGUCAAGAAAAAAAAUGCUUUACAUUGUGAAUAAAUGGUACUGUAUCUGAAUCUU